CAUAAUCAUCAUCAAAUUUUAAACACCAAUAAUAAUAAUCAUAAAACAUUUGAUGCGGUGAAUAAUUUUUGUCUAUCUAAAAUGGCUGUUACAAAUACAUCAUCGAUGGCCUCUGCCGCAGCUGCUGCAUCCGCAUCAUCAACCAUCAUACCAUCAACUGGAUCAUCAUCAUCAUCAUCAUUUUUUAUCAAAGAUAUUCUUUCAUCAUCAAGCAAAGCAAAUAAAUUAAAAUUACGUUCCACUAAUCAUCAUCAUUAUCAUCAUGAAGAAUCUCGUUCACCUAGUCCACCUACAUUUUCUCGAUUAAUAUCAACCGAACAACAACAAACAUUUCCAAAUUCAAAACAAUUUUCAUUGAAAUUAGAAAAUCGUUUGGAAUCAAUAUCACCAUCAAGUCAUCAAUCAACACCAUCACCCAAAUCUUCAUCACAACAUCGGCAACAACAACAACUUAAUGAUCGUUUGGAUUCAAGUCCAAGUGCAAAUGGAUCAUCAGCAUCCAAUGGUUAUAGUCCACCAAUAUUAUCUACAAAUCAUCCAUUUAACACUAAUGAUGAUGGUAGGGGUAUUAUCACCAAUCAAACACAACCAAUAACAGCACCAUUAUCAUCAGCAUCAUCAUCAUCAACGACUGAUGUGGCAGCAAAUUCACAAGCAGCAUAUGCAGCAGCAGCUGCAGCUGCAUUUUUCGGUGGUAAUAAUUCAUUGGCCGCAUUUCUUCAUCAUCAUCAUCAUCAACAACAUGCGUCCAUCAGUAAUGGUACGGCAAAUUUUUAUCCUUCGGCAGCAGUCGCUUCUGCCGCUCAUCAUUCGCAUUCACAUCCACAUCAUCCACAUCAUGAUCUGAUUCUACAACAAAUGCAACGUGCAGCUGUUGUUGCAGCUGCAACUGCAUCACAUGUAGCAGCCGCUGCUGCCGCUACACAUCGACGUCGUAAAGCUCGAACCGUAUUCUCUGAUCAUCAAUUACAUGGAUUAGAGAAAAGAUUUGAAUCACAACGUUAUCUAUCUACACCUGAACGUUUAGAAUUGGCAACAAAUUUAAAUCUAAGUGAAACACAGGUAAAAACAUGGUUUCAAAAUCGUCGUAUGAAACAUAAAAAAUUAUUACGUAAAACAACCAAUUCUUCUUCAAUCAAUUGUUUACAGCAACAACAACAACAACAACAAUCAAUAUCAUCAUCAGCAUCAUCAACAUCAUCAUCGUCGACAUCAUCA